AUGUUGCUUAAUAAUAUUUGUAAAAAUGUUUGUAAUAAUCCACGACUUCGAUAUUACGGGGUGCUUGCUGCAAAUAAAAUAAAAAAAUUAGAAAGCAAUAAAUUACCUAAUUUCUCAUGUUUACAAGAAAAAAGAAUGAUUGAUUCUGUAAUAAAAACAACGAAUUGUGGAGAAAAGAGAUUUUACAGUGCUCUGCCAAAUGAGGAAUUAAAUCCACCAGUUCGACUUUCAGCAUUGACUGAUGAUCCACUGAUAUUGAUGCCUAGUUUUUUUAAAUCCAUAAAAAGUUCUUACAACCUUCAUUUUGUAAUGCAAUCUCAAAUUGAUAAAGAAUUUGAUAUGCACGAAUUCGCUGAUGGAUCCAAGCAAGCUGUUGAAAUGGUAUCACAUACACUUGCUGCAGAAGAUUACGAUAGUCUCCAAGGUUUAGUCACUCCAGAUGUUAUUCAAAAGUUAAGGUAUAAAAUAUCAACGUUAUCAGAAGCACAGAAACAGUUAAUUCCUGUCAAAAAAGAGGAAAUUUAUGGCAUGUUUCCAUACACAAUUGACAUUGUAGAGAAAGAUUGUUUGUUGAAAUAACAAUGACAUAUUAUUGCUUGAAAGGAUUUGGUGAAAUGCAAAAAAGAGGUGAAAUACCGCCACUUCAAAUGGGACUUAUGCCAGAAUAUCGUGAAAAAAUUUUCUUAGUUAACUGCAGAUUCAGCAGAGAGUAUACUGAAAAUGUAUCAUCUUCGUCUUGGGUAAUUAAUCAAUAUAAUGAACUAAUGUUGGUGACCGCG